GCUGUGCCGCGAGCCCCGCCCCCCCCCCGCCAUGCCGGCUUUCCGGCAGGUCGGGGAGAAGCAGCUUCCCCAGGAAAUCAGCUUCAUGGCCUGGUCUCCCAAGAGGGAUCUCAUCGCCCUUGCCAACAAAGUGGGGGAGUUCCAAGGCAUUUUGUUAGCUGUACGGCUCCUUCAGCCAAGAACGGUGGUUCCUUCAUGCUGGCUGCAUGACCCGGUUGCCAACAUCAGUGCAGGAGAGACCCAGGUUUACAGGAGCUGCUUGAUGUGUUGCCAGGCAGCAUUUGGUGGAGCAGUGGCGUGAAGAAUCUGGCACAAUGCCUGAACACGCUGUAUCUGAAUCUAUCUCAAAUGUUCAGUCUCUGACUUUGGGAGGCACCCUGUUUUUCUGAAGUGUGUUUAAAAAUUGCUUGCUGAUUUUCUUCCUGUCUUAUGUUCUCUCACAAUCCUGAUGUUCUUCAGAUGUGUUCUGGAAAAGGGGUAUCGUUUAAAUGUUUAUCCCGUCACCACAAGAUUCUGUUCUCAUCUUCAAAAUGUUCAGGUUUUACUUCACCGACUUGCAAACUUUCAGCGAGUUUGGAGUUUGCCACCAAAUGAAAAUACAGGGAAAGAAGUUACAGCCCUUGCUUGGAGACCAGAUGGCAAAAUUCUGGCUUUUGGCCUAGCUGAUACCAAGCGUGUUAUCCUGUGUGAUGUAGAAAAACCUGAAAGUUUACACUCUUUCUCAGUGGAUGCUCCUAUUACUUACAUGCAUUGGAUGGAAGUAACUGAAGAAAGCAGUGUUCUCACUUCAUUUUAUAAUGCUGAGGAUGAGUCAAAUCUUCUCCUGCCUAAAUUACCUGCAUUGCCCAAAAACUACAGUACCACUGCAAAAAUUUUCAGUGAAGAAAAAUCAGAUGAGAUUAUGAAGCUCUUGGGUGAUGUAAAGCUAAAUGCCCUUGUCCUUGGAGGCAGUUCUGGAUUCAUUGAGGUUUACGCUUAUGGAAUGUACAAGAUUGCUACAGUAACAGGGGUGGCAGGUUCUUGCCUUGGAUUAUGUUUUUCUAGUGAUUUGAAAUCACUAUCCGUCAUUACAGAGGUGCAAGUUUCCCCAGACAGUGUACCAGAGAUUACCUAUUUCCAGCUGGACACCAGUCUGCUAUCAGUUUAUUUACCUGAGGUAACUCGAAUGGCCAGGAAAUUUACUCAUAUUUCAACUCUCCUACAGUAUAUAAAGUUGUCAUUGACAUGUAUGUGUGAAGCAUGGGAAGAAAUAUUGAUGCAGAUGGACUCGCGUCUAACCAAAUUCGUACAGGAAAAGAACACAACCACUUCUGUACAGGAUGAGUUUAUGCAGCUGCUGUUGUGGGGCAAAGCAAGCCUUGAACUUCAAGCACUUUUAAUGAACCAGCUAACAGUAAAGGGUUUAAAAAAGCUUGGUCAGUCCAUAGAGUCUUCCUACUCCAGUAUACAAAAAUUAGUCAUAAGUCACUUGCAGAGUGGCUCUGAGGCAUUGUUGUACCAUUUGAGUGAACUGAAAGGAAUGGCAUCAUGGAAACAAAAAUAUGAGUCUCUUGGACUAGACGCAGCAGGAAUUGAAGAUGCUAUUACUGCUGUGGGCUCCUUCAUCUUGAAAGCAAACGAGCUGCUUCAAGUUAUAGACAGUAGUAUGAAAAACUUCAAAGCAUUUUUCCGAUGGUUGUAUGUGGCCAUGCUGAGGAUGUCAGAAGAUCAUGUUCUUCCAGAGCUGAACAAGAUGACUCAAAAAGAUAUCACAUUUGUUGCUGAUUUUCUUACUGAACACUUCAAUGAGGCACCAGAGCUCUACAAUCGUAAAGGAAAAUACUUCAAUGUAGAGAGAGUUGGUCAGUACUUGAAAGAUGAAGAUGACGACCUAGUAUCCCCACCUAACACAGAGGGAAACCAGUGGUUUAACUUUCUUCAAAACAGCACACAUCUUAAAGAAAGUCCACUACUGUUUCCCUAUUACCCUCAGAAAUCACUGCAUUUUGUCAAAAGGCGAAUGGAGGGUAUUAUUGAUCAGUGUCUACAAAAACCAGCUGAUGUGAUUGGAAAAUCAGUACAUCAAGCCGUUUGUAUGCCUCUAUACAAAGGAUCUAAAAGUGAGGACUCUACCCCUCGAUUAUUUAAAUUACCCUUUAUGUGGAAUGACAAAUCCUCCAACUUACAUUAUGUUCUCUUCACGAUGUUAGAAAGUUCUCUUUCUAAAAUUUACAUUUUGAGGCGGCACACAGAUGUUUCCAGGUCUGCUGCUAAUGGACUACUUGCUGUUGAUUUUGGAAACUUCUUGAACAACAGUAUAAAUGAAAGCUCAGAUACAGGCUUCUACAGUUGUGUAGAUGCACAUUUUUAUGAUGAUGAAACUAUAACCGUGGUUCUUAAGGAGAAUGCUGAACAAGAAGGCAAAGAGAGAAUCUUGGCUCAGUUGCCUUUAUCUUCAGUGUACGUUGACGAGGACCAAGAAAGGGAAUUCAGCUUGAAUUCUAGUAAAAGGCUGGAUGAGCAAUCUGAUGAUAUUCCUACACGUACUAUCUUUUUGGAGAGUCAAUGGAGAGUACUGGAGAAUAUGAAAGCUCAGUAUGUUGCUGUGAAUGGCAUUCGGAAAGUUUCUUGUGUACUAAGUUCGAAUCUCCGUCAUGUCAGAGUGUUUGAGAUGGAUGUAGAAGAUGAUGGAGAGGCAGAGGAAGAGGAGGAGGAGGAGGAAGAAACAACUCAGAUUGUGGGUGGUGAACAUGAAGAGAUGAAUCUGUCUGCAGUUAACCACAGUAGUGUGUGUGAUGGUUCUGCUGAGCUGGCAGAUGAGACAGAAGAACAUGAAUCAAGCCUGGAUUCUUGAUCUGAUCCUUGAUAUUUGUGCCUUCACUAUAACAAAAAGAA